AAACGUUUGAGCUGCCAAAAGACCGGAGUAAACUUUGUUUAUCACUGUUGGGGAAUCUAAAUAUGAUGGCCGGAGUUAUGAUUCCGGCAAGAAACACGCCGCCGAUGAUAAGUGGAAACGGGAAUGUUAGUGGAUUUGGAACAUCCUCUCUUGUUCAGCCAAGCAACAUGAUGGAAGGUGAACUCCAUCCUCUUGGGAUGACACAACACACUUCCGAAAGUGAACUUGCUCGAAUGAGAGACGAUGGAUUCGACAGUACGAUGAAAUCCGGUAGCGAAAACAACCACGAAGUCGCCUCCGGCGAUGAUCAGAAUCCUCGACCUAAUAAAAAGAAGCGUUACCAUCGCCAUACACAGCAUCAGAUCCAAGAAAUGGAAGCUUUCUUCAAGGAGUGUCUGCACCCAGAUGACAAGCAAAGGAAGGAGCUUGGGCGUGAGUUAGGGUUAGAGCCCUUGCAAGUGAAGUUUUGGUUCCAAAACAAGCGUACCCAAAUGAAGACACAGCACGAGCGCCAAGAAAACACACAACUUCGAGCCGAGAACGAGAAGCUAAGGGCCGAUAACACGAGGUUUAGGGAAGCUUUAAGCACUUCUUAUUCUUGUCCUAAUUGUGGAGGCCCAACUGCUGUAGGUCAAAUGUCCUUCGAUGAACACCAUCUCAGGCUUGAAAAUGCUCGAUUAAGAGAAGAGAUUGAUAGUAUAUCAGCAAUAGCUGCAAAGUAUGUUGGCAAGCCAGUGGUGAACUAUCCUCUCCUUUCCUCUCCUAUGCCGUCUCAACCUUUCGAAUUCGGUGCACAACCUGGCACCACCGGCGAGAUAUACGGUGCUGCUGGGGAUCUCGUUAGGUCAAUAAGUUCAACUUUGGGGGCCGAUAAGCAGAUGAUCGUCGAGCUCGCUGUAGCAGCGAUGGAGGAACUAAUUCGAAUGGCUCAGAUGGGUGAGCCCUUAUGGAUAACCAGCCUCGAUGGUACAACUUGUGCGCUUAAUGAGGAAGAGUAUAUUAGGACAUUCCCUAGAGGAAUUGGGCCAAAACCUAGUGGCUUCAAGUGUGAAGCUUCAAGAGAAACAGCUGUUGUGUUCAUGAACCAUGUCAGCCUUGUCGAGAUUCUAAUGGAUAUGCACCAAUGGUCGAUUGUGUUCUCGGGAAUAGUUUCAAAGGCUUCAACUUUGGAUGUUCUAUCAACAGGUGUUGCAGGCAAUUAUAAUGGAGCCCUUCAAGUGAUGGCAGCUGAAUUUCAAGUUCCUUCACCUCUUGUGACCACUCGUGAGAGCUAUUACGUAAGAUAUUGCAAGCAACAUGCAGAGGGAACUUGGGCAGUGGUCGAUGUUUCCUUGGAUAAUAUACGUCCCGGUCCGACGGUUCGAUGCCGGAGGCGACCAUCUGGAUCCCUAAUUCAAGAGAUGCCUGACGGGUAUUCAAAGGUUACUUGGGUUGAACAUGUUGAAGUGGAUGAUAGUGGCGUUCAUAAUCUUUACAAGCAGCUCGUAAGCUCCGGUCGUGCUUUCGGGGCUCAACGUUGGAUCGCAACUUUAGACCGGCAGUGUGAGAGGCUCGCGAGUGUACCCACUAGCGAUGUCGGAGUGAUAACAAAUCAAGAUAGUAGGAAGAGUAUGCUGAAGCUAGCUGAGAGAAUGGGGAUAAGUUUCUGUGCCGGAGUGAGCGCCUCGACCACGCACACAUGGACGAUGUUAUCGGGGACGGGUGCCGAUGAUGUUCGAGUGAUGACCAGAAAAAGUGUAGAUGAUCCUGGUAGACCACCUGGGAUUGUGCUAAGUGCUGCAACAUCGUUUUGGCUUCCCGUUUCACCGAAGAGUGUAUUCGAUUUUCUCAGAGAUGAGAAUUCUCGAAAUGAGUGGGAUAUUCUUUCAAAUGGUGGAGUUGUCCAAGAAAUGGCACACAUUGCCAAUGGUCGGGACACAGGCAAUCGUGUUUCACUACUUCGAGUAAACAGUACGAAUUCAAGCCAGAGCAAUAUGCUGAUUCUUCAAGAGAGUUGCACCGACCCGACGGCCUCGUUUGUGAUCUAUGCGCCGGUCGAUAUAGUCGCGAUGAAUGUCGUCUUAAACGGAGGUGACCCGGAUUAUGUCGCCCUUCUUCCUUCGGGUUUCGCUAUCUUGCCCGACGGCUCGACUGUUACGGGGACAGCUUUGAGUGCCGAUGUUGGCAUCGCCGGUGACGCGGCCUGCAGCUCCGGCGGAUCACUUCUGACAGUUGCGUUUCAGAUUCUGGUUGACUCGGUUCCGACCGCGAAACUUUCUCUCGGAUCAGUUGCAACAGUGAACAACUUGAUUGCAUGCACCGUUGAAAGGAUAAAGGCUUCUUUGUCAUGCGAGAAUGCAUGAAGCU